GCUAAUUAGAAACUAUGCAUUCAGGUGCAGCAGCACUCGCCAUGUCUCUGUUCCUCUCCCAAAUGCUACUACUGCUGCUGCUACUUGCAGUUGCAUCUGCUGUGCCUGAUGACAGAUGCCAAAGAAAAUGCGGCGACGUGGAGAUCCCUUUCCCCUUCGGCAUCGGCGCCAUCAUCGCUAAUUGUUCCGGGGAAGAUUGUUUCUUAAACAGUACCGAAACUGCCAUCGGCGCUAACUGUUCCUUGGGAGGAGAUUUCAAUCUAACCUGCAACACCAUGAAAAGCGGCCUCAAGAAGCCAUUCUAUUACGAUAUUGAGUUCCUCAAUAUUUCGUUGGUGAUGGGCCAAGUGCGCAUGCUAAACCCCAUAUCCUCGGCGUGCUACAAUUCAACUUCCACAGACUGGUCGUUGGAUAUGAGAGACACACCAUAUAGGUUCUCUAAUCUUCACAACAAGUUCACUGUCAUCGGCUGCGAUACCCUUGCCAACUUACUCGACUACCAGGGAUACGCCAGUGUCUGCGUGUCCAGGUGCUUGGAUGAACAGAGCAUCACCAAUGGCUCUUGUACCGGCACGGGCUGCUGCCAGACUUCCAUACCCGAGAAUCUAAAAUACUAUGAAGUCAGCUUUGAUGGCGCUUUUAACAACUCGGCUAGGAACUUUAGCAGAUGCAGCUACGCCGCCUUGUUGGAGGCCGAUUGGUUCCAGUUUCAGACAUCUUAUAUCACCACGAACCAAUUGAUGCAAAUUAACGGUGAUGGCAGGGUGCCGGUAGUGAUGGACUGGGCCAUUGGAAAUGAGACGUGUGAGGUAGCUAAACGCAACCUAACCUCUUAUGCCUGCAUCAGCAAUAACAGCGUGUGCGUCAACUCCACCAAUGCCCCUGGCUAUCUUUGCAACUGUUCGACCGGAUACCAAGGCAAUCCUUACCUCUCCAACGGAUGCGAAGACAUCGAUGAGUGCAUGCAAUCAGAUAAAUGCUCAGAUGGCAUCUGCCAGAACCUUCCAGGUGGCUUUAGAUGUGACUGCCGCGAAGGCACGCACGGAAACGCUUACAAUGGAACAUGCAUCCCAGAACAGUCUCAGAAACUUAUUGGUGGCAAUAAUAAACUUCCCUUAACAGUGAAGGUGUCUAUAGGUGGUUGCAGUGUUGUAAUUAUUUUAUUACUAUGCAUUAUGUGUCUCUAUAUAGUCUAUCAAAGAAGAAAAUUAGAAGAUAUGAAGAGAAAAUAUUUCAAACAACACGGAGGCUACGAAUUGGAAGAAAAGAUGAAGUUAGAAAAAGGCCUCAACAAAUUUAAAAUAUUUGGAAGCAAAGAAUUAGAGAAGGCAACAAAUCAUUUUGAUGACAAAAAUAUUAUUGGGAGAGGAGGAAACGGAGUUGUGUAUAAAGGAAUUUUGGAAAAUCAAGAUGUUGCAAUAAAGAAACCUAAGAUUAUCAACGAGGACUUGAAAAAGCAAUUUGGAACCGAGACACUUAUUUUAUCAAAUGUUAACCAUAUCAAUGUAGUCAAGCUCUUGGGUUGUUGUUUGGAGACAGAGAUGCCAUUAUUGAUCUAUGAGUUUGUCCCGAAUGGAACCUUGUUUCAUUUAAUUCAUGAAAAUGAGAAUCGAGCUCUAGCUUCCUUGGAUACUCGACUACGGAUUGCUUAUGAGUCAGCUGAUGCUUUAGACUAUUUGCACUCAAAAACUUCUCCUCAAAUCAUUCAUGGAGAUGUGAAGUCAUCUAAUAUACUUUUAGACAUGGAUAACACAGCAAAAAUUUCAGACUUUGGAGCUUCAAAGCUUAUUCCCAAGGGAGAGAAACAAUUUGCUACGUUGUUGCAAUUCACUCAUGGUUAUGUUGAUCCAGAGUGCCUGAUGACAUAUGUGUUGACCUAUAAAAGUGAUGUUUAUAGUUUUGGUGUUGUUCUCUUGGAGUUAUUUACUGGCAAGAAGGUCAUCAAUUUCGAUGAAUCUGAAGAACAAAUGAGUUUGGUGUCAACUUUUAUUAUGUUGGAGAAUGAGAAUAGGGUUUCAGAGAUCCUAGACAAUCAAGUGAAAUUGGAAGCUAAUAUAGAAUUUAUUCAAGAGCUUACGGUUCUUAUUAAAGAAUGUUUAAAAUUGAAAGGGGAUGAGAGACCAACUAUGAAGCAAGUGGCUGAGGAGCUAAAUAGAUUGAGAACUUUUAAUCACCCAUUCGUAGUACAAUGCAAUGUUGAAGAAAUGGCGAACUUGCUUACGGGGUUGCCAAAUGGUAAUCAUGCUUAUUCUAGUACUACUUUCAAUAUAGAGAACAAAUUCAUAGGAUGGAAUAAUAUGCAAGAUUGAUUGUAACAUUGGGUAAGAGACAAGUUCAAGUUAUGUUGCUAUUUUGAUUGUGUGUGUUUGGCCUAGUUAUGUAAUCCUCAUAUUUGUGUGUUUUCUAGUUUCUAAUCUUUUUGUAUUUAUGUGUUUAUUGUCUAGUUUUCUAAAUAAUUUGGU